ACCCUUGGCCUCGCUGGUGAGUCCUCGGCCAAUGCCAUGGCCCCACAGCGCUGUUCCCACCCCACGCUGGCCCUGGCAGGCUGCUGUCCCCUGUCACCGGCAGGCGCCCAGACCACCCAGAUCCUUGUGGAACCCCCCUGGACACCGCCGGUGGUGUGGGACCAUGUGACACUGACCUGCCAGGGCUUGGGGACCGCCGGUGCCACCACCUGGUACAAAGACGGGCGGCGCUGGUGGCAGGAGAGACAUGACCGCCUCAAUGUCACAGAGAGUGGCACCUACGAGUGUGACAGACCUGGCACUGGGCUCAGCCCCGCUGUGACAGUCUUAGAUGAUGAUCUGGUGCUGCAGGUGCCAGCACGGGCGCUGCUGGAGGGGGACACGGUGACACUGCGCUGCCGGGCCCGGUGGAACAGCCCGGUCACCAAGGUGCGAUUUUUCAAGGAUGAGAAUAAUCUGACGAGGUCCCUUAAUGCGACCGAGCUGUCCCUGUCCCCCCUCCAGCUGAACCACAGCGGCAGCUACCGCUGCAAGGGCUGGGUGAGGUCCUGGCCGUCAGGCUCAGCAGCAGUGACAGUGACAGUGCACGUGCCUGUGGCCAAUGCCACCAUCACCCCCGGUCACCUGUCACACCAGGUGCGUACAGGUGACCCAGUGACACUGCGCUGCUUAGUGCAGGUGGGCUCAGCACCUGUCACCUUCACCUGGCUGCACAACAGGCAGGAGGUGGCCCGGGGUCCCCUUCUGGAGUUCAGGGCCACCAAUGUGGGACAUUCAGGCACCUACCAGUGCAUGGCCACCAACCAGGCAGACGAGCAUCGCGUGUUCCGGGCACUCAGCCCAGAGCUGGCCCUGGAGGUGACACCACGGGACAAGGGACACACGGGGAUGCAGGUAAGGUGA